AAUAUGGAUAUAUCAAAAAAUAUAAAAUUUGCCGAUAUUUGUUCAAUGCUAGAUAAAGUAAAAAAUUCUAAAAACCAAGAAUCUAAGGAAAAAGUAAUACGCCGCUAUUAUGACUCAUUUCAAAAGUUUCGACAAAUAUUUCGCGAAAAACAAGGAUUGGCUGCAAAUUGUCCUGAUGAUGGUGAAACCAGUUUCUAUAGUGUUCUAAGAUGUUUAAUACCCCGAGAGGAUUUAUCACGGAAGCCUUAUGGACUCCAAAUAUCAACUCUCAGUAGUGUCUAUAUUGAAGUUCUACAACUAGCGAAAGAUUCGAGUGAGGCCCAGCGACUAGAGGCACGCACAUAUAAUGGAACAUCUGGUGACUAUGCAGAUAUUGUACAUGCAGUUCUGAUGCCUCAAUGUAAGAAUGAUCCCAGUGAACUAUCGCUGUAUGAAGUACAUCAGAUGUUAGAUAAUAUAGCAGAAGGCGAUCGACAAGCUACAAAAAAGGUGCUCACACGUCUCUCAGAAGUAGCCUCAGCUAAGGAACAAAUGUGGUUCAUUCGUUUGCUAUUAAAAAACAUGCAUUUGGGUAUUGGAGAGCAACGCAUUUUUGCGAUCAUGCAUUCCCAAGCGAGGGAUCUAAAUAGGCGGUGCUCGAAUCUAAAACGUGUAUGCUGUUUAGUGGCUAAUAACAAAAUGAACGACGAAUCCACAAUAACUGAAAAAAAUGUUACAAAAUCCUUUACUAAUACUUUCAACUUAAAUACUGUCGUACAACCCUUUCAACACAUACAAGCCAUGUUAUGUGAAAUGUUUUCUGGUAACAUAGAGCAAUUAAUGGCUGAAGAUGUUCUUUACCUAGAAACGAAAAUGGAUGGCGAACGUUUUCAGCUGCAUUAUGCCAAUAACCGAUUUAAGUAUAUUUCGCGCAAUGGUAUUGAUUAUACGCAUAGUUUUGGUGAGGAUUAUAAAAACGGGAAGCUAACUCCUUUACUGCAAACGCUAUUACCAACUAACUUGCAAUCAAUAAUUCUCGAUGGUGAGAUGAUGGUUUACGACACUCAACUUAAAUGCUACCGCGACAAGGGUGAAAAUACAGAUGUGAAGCAUCUGAAUAACAGAACGCAUUGGAGACCUUGUUUUGUGGUAUAUGAUGUACUUUAUUUCAAUGGUAAUAGUUUUCUGGAAAUGCCUUAUGCACAGAGAUGCCAAAAAGUGCUAGAGCUUAUUAGAUCAGAGGAGCCAGGGAUUUUGGAAAUAAUGCGACCAAUAAAACUGUCAACCACCAAUCAAUUCCAAGAGCUCUUUCAGCAGGCGCUGGACGCCAAAGCAGAAGGUGUGGUUUUAAAGAAACAAAACUCUAUAUACAAGCCUGGCAUACGCAAAGGUGGUGGCUGGUACAAGAUAAAAGCAGAUUACAUAGAUGGUUUGACUACCGAAUUCGAUUUACUGGUUAUUGGAGGUUUUUAUAACCGAACGCGGACAUUCAUACAAUCAUUUUUGCUAGGUGUACUCAAGUACACCUCUGAGACACAUUACGAACUUUAUAGUGUGGGAAAAGUUGACAAUAAGUCGCGACAGCGUACGGUACUGAAUAAUGCGCUUAAACCUUAUUGGCACGAUUGUAAGCAGGAGCCCCCACCACAAUGGUAUCAUUAUAAAUCAUCACGUGCUGAUGGCCGACCUGAUGUGUGGAUUGAACCAAACAAAUCUGUUAUACUGCAAAUCAAAGCUACCGAUCUAACGCCUAAUGCAUCUUUUUUUCUACCGAAAUCAUUGCAUUUUCCACGCGUAGAAAUGUGGCGCAAUGACAAAGCAUGGAAUGAGUGUCUCUCGCUGCAUGAUUACAUGGAAAUGAUACAGAUGGAAAGAGGAAUAAAAAAAAUUCAUAAGCGCAGUGUUGAAUUAAGCGAUUUGACAUUACCACAGAAAAGACGCAAGUUAACUGCAGCCGAGCGUCGAAAAUUGGGGAUUUUGUCAUAUGAACGUCGUUUUAAUCCAGACGAGGUAGAACAGCAUUCGAAUUUAUUUGAGGGAUUCUCAUUUUGUAUAUUGAGUGCCAGCUUGAAAAAUGGCUAUACACCUGAAGCAUUGAAAGCUAUGGUGGUUAGCAAUGGUGGCGAGAUAGUUGAGAAUCCUAUACAAGAUUCCAAAUGUAUAUCAGUGGCGGGUGAUAUGACUUUUCGAGUGGAAACCUUGUGCAAAUCCCGUCGUUAUAACAUUGCGAAAUUGAGUUGGUUGGUGAAUACCUGUCGAAAACAGGAAUUACAGUUAACACCCAUCGAUAUGGUUUGUACAACGAAUGAACUAGAAACUGAGUUUUCGCAUAUAUUUGAUAGAUACGGCGAUCCAUAUGCAGAAUGUACAGAUGUUGAGCAUUUAAUAACAGUGCUAGAAGGCAUAACUGCUGAAGAUAUUGCUGCCGCACAACCAUCUUCAGACGAAAUAACCGAUCUUGAAUUACUAUUCUGUGAUGAGUCAAUCGAUUUAUUUAUGAACUGUAAAGGUUUCUUUUACAGUUUGGAUAAGCAGUCACAGCUUGCGAAAUUAAUUUUUAAAUAUUUUGGUGGUAAAUGUCAUGAAAUUGUGGAUGAGAAAAGUUUAAAUAGUAUUGAGUACAUAUUCAUCAAUGUAAAUUUAGUUGAUAAAGUUAAACUUAAGGCGUGGAUUCGUGAAAAUUUUAAAAAUCAUUUGGGAAAAUUAGAGGUCGUAAACAUUGCAUGGAUAACACAUUCUGAACGAGCAAAAGGAAACUGGAUGAAUGCGAGUAUAUGUGUGGAAUAACUUUUUAGAGUAGUUAGGAAAUAAUUUUGUUUUACAUGUUGCUCAAAUGUUUAUCUAUAUAACGUUAUAAUUUCUUUCAAAAUAACUGUU